UCAGUCAGACUUCGGCCCUACGUACGCAGUCAGAGCAGAGGCGUCAACAUGGCGGUCAUGGAUGUCAUUGUAGAGCGGUUGGUGUCAGUAUGGAGGAUACGGGCGGUCAGAAAGGGUUUUCCCUGGCUCUUCUUAUUCACUUCUAUACUGGGGUCCAUUCUGAAGGAACUGGACUUGGUUCCGCAGUCCUAUUUCAGCAGCAGCAAGAACCUCGUCAACUUGUAUUUCGUCAAAGUCUCCUGGGGAUGGACGCUGCUGCUGCUCACGCCUUACCACGUCUUCUCCCGCUCCGCCAACCAGAGCCGCGCCGCCCUGUCCAAACGCCUACUGGCGUUAGCCAUAGCAACAGCCGUGUGGUACGUCUGCACCAGGACCUUCCUCUUCAUCGAGGACUUGACAGGCUCUUGCUUUAACAGCAAAACUGAUCCCAUCGCUAACAAGUUCACCUCGAAAGCCGCCUGUAGGGAGGCCGGCUUCCACUGGCAGGGCCACGACAUCUCGGGCCACUCGUUCAUCCUCAGUUACUCCUCCCUGCUCAUCAUGGAGGAAACGUCCGCCAUGAGGGUUCUGAAGAUGGCCAGGGUGGACAGGAGGACGAUGCUCAACCUUGUGUACGUGGCCUUGAACCUGAUAGUGGUGACGUGGGUGUGGAUGUUCGCCUGCACCUCUGUUUACUUUCACCGCCCGCAGGAUAAGUUCCUGGGGACCGGGUGCGGACUGCUGGGGUGGUACAUGACGUACCGGUACUGGUACCGGAAGCCUUUCUCACCGGGCCUGCCGCAGCGGCGCCACGAGAAAGAACAAAAGCAGCGUGCCUGAGACACACCGCUGAUUUUACAAGCUUCAUUAAACCGUAGGUUAUUUUUA